CAUAGCCAUCAACAGAAAUUAAAGAAGCAUAAAAUGUGCCGGUGUAUAAUUCUACAAAUGUGAUACAUUAAACUUGGAAACCCAGCAAUGUUUCCAGGGUCCAAUGAUCAAUGAAAGUAUUUUCCGACUUUAAUGAUUCAAGAGGUUAUGUUACAAGUUUUUAAAUUAUAUAAAGAGGUUAUAUUACAAGUUCUUAAUUUGAUGUAAAGAGGUUAUGUUGUGUUUUCGUGCAUUGGCGAAUAAGUUGCAGUUCCACUGAUUGCCAGUCACAGCACAGUAACAGUUAUCACAGUGAACGGAACUGCGCUGUUACCACCGCAUGCGCAUACUCCUCUAUGCUUCAUGAACAUUCCUACAGAGAGACGAGCGUGUUAGCUUGGGCUUGAUGGUUCGCCAUUUUUUCAACAACUGUACAGUGGUUUGAUUUUUGGAUACGUGUACCACAGCCUGUACAGUUUGUCCUUUGGAAACUUGGUUAGUUUAGUUUAGUUGUACAGUAGUUGGCCAAGUUAUCAUAAUAAGUAAUGUUGCGAACACAGCACCACGUUAUAGAAGAAUUUAUUAAACUUUACGAAAAACAACCCUGUUUGUGGCAAGUUAAAAGUAAGGAUUAUUAUAAAAAGCAUUUGAAAGAAGCUGCUUAUAGAAAGCUUGUUGAAAAACUGAGGGAAAUUGAACCCGAUUCAGAUAAGAAUGCUGUGAUAAAAAAAAUAAAUAACCUUAGAAGCAGCAUAAGAAAAGAGAUGAAAAAGCGCAAAUUGUCAAUCAAAUCUGGUGCAACUGGGGAUGAUAUUUACAAACCAAAGUUGUGGUACUUUGACCUGUUCAACUUCCUAGAAGAAAAUAAUUCUUCAAAUGUGGACAAUAAUUCAGACGAUGAGAUCGAGCUCACUGAGGAUUGGGAUGAAUACUCACUCCAAGAAACUCCAAGUAAAAACUCAUCGUCAAUACCUCCCAAUCCUGUAAGCCGUACACAAUCAGAGUGUGAAGCGCCUCUGUCGUCAGAUGGGCCUACAGCAAAUCGACUGAGAAGUUUACUAACGACUAACGACAAAGCAGCUAACGAAGCUUAUUUAGUGAGUGAUAAAGUUCAGAAGGACUCUUCCUCUCAGGUAGAAGACCGCUAUGACCUUUUGGGAAAAUCUAUCGCAUGCCGGAUUAGAACUUUAAAUAAACGUCAGCGACUCAUUGUUGAAAAAAACAUCAAUGAUAUUCUUUUUGAAGCAGAAAUGGAAGAUCUUGACGCGCCUACACAUCAAUACAACUUCGACUGCACAAUUAACAGCUGAGGUAUGAUUUCAAGUCCUUCUCAGAGUACAACUUAGUACGAUUUCCAUUUGCAUGAAGCAAGACGUUGUUUGAAGGACAAUCAAACAAAUGCUGUGGUUACUGUUCAACUGAGCAUUGCUUAAUAAUUUUCCCAAUUAUUCUGUUCAUCUUUUUAUAAUACAAAUUUUACUAUAUAAAAUUCUAGUAUUUGUUUUAGUACUCAUAUAAAAUGAAUAAACUUAUUCAUUACUGUUUGGAUAACUUCACACUUCUCAUUACGUGUAUUUUCCCCUGAGUUGAGGUUAUAAUAAUAUAUGCAAUAAGGUACACAAUACCGUAAGUAUUUCAUACUGUGAUUAAGUUGUUGAUUUUAAUAAAAUGUUAUUCUUAUAA